UGCUAGCAACAUGUUUCGACGCACAAAAAGUUGCAGAACCAGCAACAGGAAAAGCCUCAUCCUGACCAGUACGUCCCCCACGCUGCCACGGCCGCACUCUCCACUGCCUGGACACAUAGGAAGCAGUCCGUUGGACAGCCCGCGCAACUUCUCACCAAGCGGACCUGCCCACUUUUCCUUCGCUUCCUCUCGAAGGUUGGCAUCCCUCUUUUCUUCACACAAUAAGUCACACAAGGAAAUGUUACAAGAACGGGCUGAUGGUCGUAGAUGGUCCUUGGCUUCUCUGCCUUCCUCAGGAUAUGGCACCAAUACACCCAGCUCAACGGUUUCAUCCAGCUCGUCCCAGGAGCGUCUGCACCAGCUGCCCUUCCAGCCGACCAUGGACGAGUUGCAUUUCUUGUCCAAGCACUUUGGCAGCACAGAGAGCAUCACGGACGAUGACGGGGGCCGACGCUCGCCGCAUGUCCGCCCUCGCUCUCGGAGUCUCAGCCCCGGGCGAUCUCCAUCCUGCUAUGACAAUGAAAUAGUGAUGAUGAACCAUGUCUACAAGGAGCGCUUCCCCAAGGCCACAGCUCAGAUGGAGGAGAGGCUGGCAGAGUUCAUCCACAGCUACUCCCCGGAGAGUGUUCUGCCGCUGGCCGACGGGGUCCUCAGCUUCAUCCACCACCAGGUAGCUGAGCUGUCCAGAGACUGCCUGACCAAAUCACGCGAGGGCCUCAUCACCAGCGUCUACUUCUGUGAGCUGCAGGAGAACCUGGAGAGGCUGCUGCAUGAUGCUUACGAGCGCUCGGAGAGUUCGGAGCUCACCUUCGUCAUUGAGCUGGUUAAAAAGCUCUUCAUCAUCAUAUCUCGUCCCGCCAGGCUCCUUGAGUGUUUGGAGUUCAACCCAGAAGAGUUUUACCAUCUGCUGGAGGCAGCGGAGGAUCACGCCAAGGAGGGACAACUGAUGAAGGCAGACAUCCCUCGGUACAUCAUCAGCCAACUGGGGCUGACCAGAGACCCACUGGAGGAAAUCGUGAAUCUUGAAAACUAUGACAGCGAGGGUCCACAUACUCCAGAGACUGAUGACUCAGCAGAGGGAAAAGGGAGAGCCAUCAAGCCACCGAGUGAGGAAGAUUUUCAGAGCAUCAAACUGAUCAGCAAUGGAGCUUAUGGCGCCGUCUACCUGGUGCGGCACAGGGAGACACGUCAGCGAUUUGCCAUGAAAAAGAUCAACAAGCAGAAUCUGAUCCUGAGGAACCAGAUCCAGCAGGCGUUCGUAGAGCGAGACAUCCUCACCUUCGCAGAGAACCCCUUUGUCGUCUCAAUGUUCUGCUCUUUUGAAACGCGGCGACACCUCUGCAUGGUCAUGGAAUAUGUUGAGGGUGGUGACUGUGCCACCUUGUUGAAGAACAUUGGGGCUCUGCCUGUGGAGCUGGCAAGAAUGUACUUUGCUGAGACUGUUUUAGCCCUGGAGUACCUGCACAACUAUGGUAUCGUCCACAGAGAUCUCAAACCUGACAAUCUCCUGAUCACCUCCAUGGGCCACAUCAAGCUCACAGACUUUGGCUUGUCGAAGAUGGGUCUAAUGAGCCUCACCACGAACCUUUACGAGGGACACAUUGAGAAAGAUGCCAGAGAGUUCCUGGACAAGCAGGUCUGUGGGACUCCAGAGUACAUCGCUCCAGAGGUGAUUCUCCGUCAGGGCUACGGAAAGCCGGUGGAUUGGUGGGCCAUGGGCAUCAUCCUAUAUGAGUUCCUGGUGGGCUGUGUGCCUUUCUUUGGAGACACUCCAGAGGAGCUGUUUGGACAGGUUAUAACAGACGAUAUAGUUUGGCCAGAUGGUGAUGAAGCCUUGCCUGCAGAUGCCCAGGCCCUCAUAUCUGCUCUGCUGCAGACAAACCCUCUAGUGAGGUUGGGUUCAGGUGGAGCGUUCGAGGUGAAGCAGCACUCCUUCUUCUCUGAGCUGGACUGGAACAGUUUGCUGAGGCAGAAGGCAGAGUUCAUCCCUCACCUGGAGUCAGAGGAGGACACCAGCUACUUUGACACCCGCUCGGAUCGUUAUCACCACAUCAAUACGUACGACGAGGAUGACACCAAUGACGACGAGCCGGUGGAGAUCAGACAGUUUUCCUCCUGUUCUCCUCGCUUCAGCAAGGUGUACAGCAGCAUGGAGCAUCUCUCUCAGCUGGAGCAGAAAGCUACGACCUCUGUGUCCCGUCGGGAGCACAAGGGCCCGCGGGACGACAAGGUGACCAAGAGAGAGAGCCUGGGCAGCUUCAGCAUGAGGGAUAAGAGCUGGAGGACUGGAUCGCCUGAGAUGAAGCGCCUGUCUUGUUCAGAGUCCCUCUACAUGGAAGGAGACGCGAGCCCUCCCCUUGGUGCUCGGCGACGCUUCUCAGCACUGAUGGAUACACAUCGUUUUGCUUCACCCCUAGAGGGUGAGCCAGACUUCCUGUCCCGCCAGGCUCCCAUCAAGGUCCGUGGAACCUCACUGGAUGGGACCAGUGUCCCCUCACCGAGCCUCCUGGAGCAGAGGACCAGUCUGAAAGAGAUCAACGGGGCAGACAAGCCCCCUAGACCUGGAGAGACACCAGGCAUUACUACAACCAUCACCACAUUGUCUCCAGGUCCUGCAGCCACCAGUCGUGAUGUCAUGACCCCUCUGUAUGACCCUCUGGGGCCCCGGGCCACCAAUGACCUGGUCCUCCGCAGGGCGCGCCACCAGCAUUUGUCUGGUGAUGGAGAGAAGCGCAACUCCAGACCUGGCAACAAGGUCAUCAAGUCAGCCUCCGCCACAGCCCUGUCUGUCAUUAUACCAUCAGUGGAGCAGCAUGGUGGCUUCUCCCCAUUGGCCAGCCCCAUGUCUCCCCACUCUUUCUCUUCCAACCCCUCGUCUCGAGACUCUUCACCCAGCAGAGACUUCUGCCCAGCAGUCAGUGUGCUGCGCUCCCCCAUUACCAUCCAUCGAUCUGGAAAGAAGUACGGUUUCACCCUCAGGGCCAUCAGGGUCUACAUUGGAGACAGUGACAUCUACAGCGUCCAUCAUAUAGUUUGGCAUGUGGAGGACGGCGGCCCUGCCCAGGAGGCCGGCCUGUGUGCUGGUGACCUCAUCACUCAUGUCAACGGGGAACCUGUCCACGGUCUGGUUCACACUGAAGUGGUAGAGCUUAUCCUCAAGAGUGGUAACAAGGUGACAGUGACCACCACACCUUUUGAGAACACCUCCAUUAAAGUGGGUCCUGCCCGGAAGGCCAGCUACAAGUGUAAGAUGGCCCGACGAAACAAGAGGACCAUGGGCAAGGAAGGCCAGGACAGUAAGAAGCGUAGCUCCUUGUUUCGUAAGAUCACAAAACAGUCCAAUCUGCUGCACACCAGCCGCAGCCUGUCCUCUUUGAAUCGCUCUCUGUCCUCCAGCGAGAGUCUUCCUGGCUCCCCGACACACAGUCUGUCUGCGCGGUCCCCGACUCAGGGCUACCGCUCCACCCCUGAGCCCUCAUACUUGGGUGCUUCCUCCCAGAGCAGCUCUCCAGCCUCCAGCACUCCAAACUCCCCUGCUCCCUCACAACACAUGAGGCCCAGCUCCCUGCACGGCCUCUCACCUAAACUCCACCGCCAGUAUCGCUCUGCCCGUUGUAAAUCUGCUGGUAACAUCCCCCUGUCUCCGCUGGCCCAUACACCCUCCCCUACCCAGUCUUCUCCUCCACCCUUGCCAGGCCACACUGUAGGGAGUUCCAACACCACUCAGUCCUUCCCUGCCAAGCUCCACUCGUCGCCGCCUGUGGUCCGUCCCAGGCCCAAGAGUGCCGAGCCCCCUCGAUCACCUCUUCUCAAAAGAGUUCAGUCAGCAGAGAAGCUGGGCUCACCUCUGACCCAGUCCAGUUCUACAGGAGGGCUGGGGGGUCCGCUGAGGAAGCACAGCCUGGAGGUGCAGCACUCUGAGUACCGCAAGGAUGCCUUCCUCUGUGAGCUUGGGCUCCAGAGCCUGUUGGAGACAGAAGGGGAAAAUUUGCCUCCUAAUCCUCCACCCCUGCCCUCAUCCUCCUCUACACCAGAGACCGGUGUACUGAAGCCAGUGAGGAGACUAGGGAGGCAGGAGUCACCGCUUAGCAGGGAAACACUGCUGGCUGGGAGGGAGAGAGAAGAGAGGGAGAGAGGAAGGGAGAGGGAGAAAGAGAGGGAGAGAGACGCCGGGACAAGUCGAGUUGGAGCAACAGCAUCCCCGACAUCCUUAACGAGAAAACCUCAUACAAGUGAGCUGCCCUUAAACUCACAAAGCUCCAGACUAAAUGCAGAAACUACUAAAAUUACAACUCCUAGCACCCCUACCAAAACAACAGGAAGUCUAUGUGGUCAGAAGGCACCUGAAAAGAUUCUCCAGGGUCAGGCAGUCUUAAGUCCAAAACAAUUAGAUCCCAAGGCAGCCAAAAGUGUGUUAUCUAAUAGUAAAGAUCCCCAGGAGCAGCUGCAGGGGGGUAGAACUGAUCCAAAGCAGGAAGGAAACAAUAGGAGUGGUCCCAGUAGGCCUGGUUUACCCGGUGCUGCCUUCGCUAAGAGCUCUGCUUCUACUCCAGAUAAAUCCAUUGGCAUCAACGCGACAGUGACAGCAGGUCCUCUGAGCAUGAACAAAACCUUUAAACCAUCAGGUAUGGGGGACAACCUGAGAAAGGCUGGAGCUGAGAGCAGUGACUCGAGGACUCCAGACCUCAGCUCUAAAAGCCCCAAACUUCCAGCUCGCGUCCUGGCUCCCGUCGUUCCCCCACACGGGCAGCCACUUUCUCUAGGCAAGGUGAGGCAGGGACUCGGGGCCGUCAACUGCUACAGGGGAACUCUCGAUUGGGAGGACAAAUGUCGCCUGGAGGUGGUGGAGGAGCAUUCACCUUCCCCUUCUCCCUCCCCUACCGCUAUCACCCCCUCCCUCUGCGGGCCUUCCCUUUGCAAGUCGCGGCCUGUCUCCCCUGGCGACAAGACGAGUUUUGUCAGCCAGCUGACCACUGUGGCCAAAAACGUCCUCGGGCCAAUCAAGCUGGGUUCCCAGGAUGGGGCCAAGAGCAAAGACCAGCAGACUAAGGCAGCGGAGGAGAAGCAGGGAGGCACAGCGGGAAGGUCUGACACUCCUGCUGGAGGUCGAGUGCUUGUUGGGGCUGCAGUGGUGACCCAAAGUCCUGCUGGUUCACCACUAGAGAAAUCUGCAACAGGUAGCAGCCUGCCAAAAAUGUGACCCCAUG